AUGUCUUCCUCGUCUAACACCACUGAUGACCAACAGCAGGACUCUCUGUCCAAACUUCCAACUGAGGUUCUACUUGACAUUGUCGGCAGGGACUAUCUGAAAUGGGAGGACCACUGGAACCUCCGACGUACAUCAUCUCGCCUAUUCCAGCUUGCUCGGGGGCCCAUGUUCCAGGGAGGAGACUAUUGCAUCUUUCGAAUGGCUUGCUUCCGCGGUGAUCUCGAUACGCUAGCUAUUUGUGCUCUGUAUGACGCCGUACCGACCGAGUGCCGUCAGAAGUGCCUGUUCGAGGGUCCUUUGGGUAUCAUUCAGCCGGGACAAGGCCUUCACCCAAGUCAGACGGAGAAUGAUAACUACAAGGAGUCUGGAUAUUCCAAUGCCUGGGGCGACGGACUUCGCGGGCCCGGCGACACUCGAGGACCCGACGACACUGUUACACAAGCAUUCUACCACGGACCCGGCGACAUUGUUACACUAGGGUUCUACGAAGGUAACUUUUCUGCAGAGAGAUUCAUUGAGGUUUGGCAAUGGCUGUCGGACCAGGGGUGUGAACUCUUCACUUUUGUGAAGCUAAGCUCCCUGAUCAUCAUGCCUUGCCCUUGCUUCUCGUCUGUUCUGCUAUCUAUGCUUCCAAUUGCUACUGACAAAGCGCGCCAUCAAGGGAUCUGCGACGUGAUCCAUUUCCUUUACAGCAAGGGCUUGAGAAUCCCUCAUCCGGACAGGAGACAUUGGGUGAGAGGAACGUGGCCAGCUUAUGACCCUCUAGCCAAGGGGAAUCGCCCAACCAUCCUGCAGACUCUGCUGCAGACCAACUGCCCACCCUCCAUUGUUGAACUCUACUUGAGACAGGUCAACGAUGAGGGCCUCGUUUUCGAUUAUAGUCGCACAUGGCUUUCAUCCCCGCGUGGAUUGGGAUGCAUCUCAGAAUUUCUCCGCAUCCUGUUUGAUGAUAUGUUCGCUCCCUGGAUCUUCAAGGGUGACAAUACCCGUAGUAUGGGCGAUGAUCUCCAAGAAAAGAUCUGCUUACUGACUCAACACCAGGGCGCCAAUGCUUUUGAGCUAUACAUGCUUCAGGACAUCGUCACCGCACUGCGGAGGAUUGAUGCCAGAAAGGUAAGUCGGGGCUAUCUUGACUUUGACCGCGAUGGAGUGUGGUGCUGGUAUCAACUCUGCCUGACAGUUGCUUAUAUCUCUGAUCAGAAUAUUUGCAGCCAAACGGUGGAUCUUCACUUCACCGACCCUGGAGACGCAGAGAUGAUUAACCCGUACUUCAGAAGAGCCUGGGCUCCUCACACGGAACUGGCGCGUGCGAGGAGGGGGGUCCUUAAGAAGAGAGCUCUCGAAGCUGGGCAAGAUCCCAAUGGCGUUCAGCCACAAGGAGUGGUACCAGCGGGACGUAGGUGGGCUCAGAUGCCCCUGGCUGCUUGGGAUUUCAUCCUCUAA